AUGGAGACAUUCUUACCAGCGAAACCGUUACCCGUGGAUUGGAACCAGUUUGGCUUAAUCCUGUCUCAUAAACCGAAAGGGAACCCAGAUGACGCCUAUCUCUCCCAUGAACAUGUUGUCUGGGGCGAUGAAACCGGUGUCCAAGGCCGCUUCCGGAACAAUGCGGGUCAGGUUUAUAGGCAGUUUUCUGAGCAACUGGACAACCGGUUGGCACUAGGACUUGAUCAAACGGUACCUGAUGUGGUUUGUUUUACCACUGGCCACAGUUCUCUACCAGUGGUCGGUGAGCUCAAGACUCUCUGGGUACAAGAUCAUAAAUUCAACUUGACGUCUGCGGCACGUGAACGAAAACUGGGCCAGUCUCAAGAAGAGGGUUCCACAGGCCAUUCAGAGAUUCGUCACGUCCACCGGCAUCACCCAACAAAGCCUCUCAAUGAGGAGGUGACCCUAAAGGUCUUUGAUGAGACAUUUCCUGGGUCGGUGGCACUUCUUAAAUUCCUUGAUGGGACGUUUAUUGUUGUCUAUCCACAAGGGACCCAUUGCUUACAUCUGAGGGAUACAAUCCCAACCACCUUUGGCGGGUUGCUGGUCAGCAGGGCUACAGACAACAUUGCGCCUGCAUGGAUCCAGACGAGAUUAUACCAUGUUCUGACUCCUGAGACCAUAGAGCGCGCGGCUCCGUUUGUGGAGUCUGGCGACCAGGGCCUUUCCAAAGGGCCACAGAAAGUCAAGCUAUAUCCUGGUAGUAGGCUAAUGCUCCAAGGACCGUUGUUUGGUCAGCAACCGGCGACAUCAAAAACAAGGCGGGAAAAUUUAUUCCAACCAUCCCCAGGAUUGUUGGUGUGCUUGGAUAUCCGCCUACCGGUCAGCAUGAUCACGCCUGUCAUCUCUCUAGAGAACAGGUCGUGUGUGGUGACGAAUCAUCGGUUCAAGCGCGCUUCGGCCAGAACUCUAUUGGGUUCAAGGCAAUGGACCUUGAAGAGGCUGCACGUACCUGGAAGACUAGCUGAUGCUUUUGAGAACCUGGCAAAUCUGCCGGACAUUAUUAAGACAUAG